UUAUUACCGUGGAGAGAUAGAGACUAGAAUCAAGAGUGAAAGUGCUGUCUUUGAAAAUAUUUGAAAUCGAUCAAAUUGCCAACUAUGUCUGACACCGAAAGAGAUGUGGAGAAAGGAGAAGAAGUCCAGGAAACUAAAGGAGAAGAAAAUGCAGAGGAAAAACCAAAGGAAACUCAAGAAGAGAAGGCACCCGAAGCAGAAAAACCAGAGGAAAACGAAGUGAACGUGAAACUGCUGCCAACAGACGACGACGACGACGAUGAAGACGAACAUAAAGAAAUAGAUGCCGACGCCGUAUACAUCAAGGAUGGUCAACUGGCCGAUCCUGAAGCCGUGGAAGUGAAAGUGUCCCAUGUGGAGCACCAGGGUCUAGGCAAAGAAGAGCUUAUGAAAAGAUGCAAUACGCCGGCCUGGAAAGCUACUCGUAUCGCUUUGUUGGUUCUGUUUUGGUUGGCUUGGUUCGCUAUGCUGGUAGCAGUCAUCAUUCUCAUCGCCACUGCACCAAAAUGUCCAAGAAAUAAAGAAUGGUAUCAAUCGGGUGUAUCCUAUCAGAUUUAUCCUAGAUCAUUCAAAGAUAGUGAUGCCGAUGGAAAUGGGGAUCUGAAAGGUAUUGAAAAAAAGAUUGACUACCUCAAAGAUAUUGGUAUUAACACCAUAUGGCUGGGUCAGAUAUUCCCUACUGGAAAGGCUAAUAAUAUGGGACGUUAUGCUACCAACUUUACCGCAAUUGAUGAAGAUCUGGGUGAUGAGGAAGACUUUCAAUCUUUGCUGGAGAAGGUACAUGCUGAAGGUAUGCGUCUGAUAAUGGAAUUUAUUCCUAAUCACUCCUCUGAUGAGCAUUCAUGGUUUGAGAUGAGUCGACAGAGUGCAGAUAAUCAGUAUAGUAAUUACUAUGUAUGGGAAAGUGGUUCCCCUGAUAAACCACCAAACAAUUGGCUGAGUAGAUUUGGCAAUUCUGCUUGGACAUAUGAACCACUGCGUAAACAAUGGUAUCUACAUACUUUCAGUGAGAAUGAGCCUGAUCUUAACUUCCAUAAUGAUAAUGUCACCAAGGAAAUCAGUAAUGCUAUGGAAUACUGGCUAAAGCAAGGUGUUGAUGGUUUCUACCUACCCUAUGCGAAUCAGUUGGUGGAACAAGCAACUUUUAAGAAUGAGGCAGAUAAUACAUAUUUCAAAAGCAAUGUAAAUAACACAGUGAUUCCUUAUGAGAGCUUGAUUCAUAAUAUUACAAGAGAUCAGCCAGAGACUUUUGAUCUGUUGGCAAAAUGGAGAAUAUUAUUGGACACGUACAGUGGUCCAGACAGUGAUGAUUACAAAUUACUUGUUGCUGGUGCUCAAUCAUCUGCCAUUGCCACUCAAGUUGAUUACUAUGGAAACAAGAAGAAAGUUUCAGAUUAUCCAUACAACUUCCAGUUGAUGGAUCUGUGUUCAACAUCCAACAAGACUGGCAAGUACAUGAGUGCUCUCAUCACAUCAUGGUUGAAUAGUGUUGGCUCUAUUGGUCCUGAGCGUAUCACCAACUGGGCUCUAGGAGAUUCCGAACGUUCUCGUGUGUCUACAAGAUGUGGUCGUAACUUAGUCAAGGCAAUGAAUACAUUAUUGAUGACCCUACCAGGCUCGCCUACCAGUUAUUACGGUGAUGAAAUUGGUAUGAAUGAUGUUGACGUUGAUUCAACUGCUUAUAGCGGUACUCCUGUCGGUGGUACUCCAACCGAUGAUCAAAGUAAUAGUACCGAUGACACCGCUAACACUUACAACACUAGUGAUUCAUCUGACGCUAUGGAGAUUAACUACUAUAUCUCUCGUGAUAACUUUAUGUCACCAAUGCAAUGGACUGAUGAGGAUUUCUCUGGAUUUACUAACGGUAGUAAAGCAUGGUAUUCCAUCAACAACGAUUACAAAGACAUUAAUGUUGCGAAGGAACUCAAUGACUCAAUGUCUAUUGUGAGCAAGUUCAAGGCACUACAAAAUAUAAGAAGAGAACCCUCUUUGAUUGGUGGCCAGUUAAAUGAAGUCUUGGUAUCUGAUGACAUCUAUUCCUUUUCUCGUACAUUCAAUCGCUGGCCAAGUUACUUUGUGGCACUUAAUCUUGGUAAUAUUGGAAAUGUUCCUGCUUUUCACAGUGCCGGCAAAGGUCUGCCAAAACAGGGAAAAUUACAGUACUCCACCCAUAGCUCAGUCAAGCCAGAUGAGACUGUUGACUUUGAUAGCAUCCAGCUAGCGCCUUAUGAGGCAAUUAUAGUCAAGUUUGAAAAGUAGUAAUGUGUGUUAUGAUCUGGAUUCAUGGUUUAAGUUCUCAAUUAACAUAUGUGAUGGUCACAUACUUAGUAUAAGAAAAGUUUACCUCCAUUCUGUCAUUUUAAUAAUUUGAUGUUACAAGCAGCAGCAAACACUUCUGUUUUCUUUAUUAGUUGUGUAUGUGCUUAUGUAAACGAUAAGUGUGUCUGUGGUCAAAAUAAACCAUAUUUUAAUGUUCAAUUAUAUACUGUAAUACAAGUGUGCUUCUACUAAAACAAGUACAGUAAUUUGAUUGUUGCUUGUAGCUGAUGUACAUAAUGCAUGUUGCAGUCUCAUUACCUUAUGAAUUGGGAAGAACGGUAUGCACUUGAUUUCUCUCGAUAUGGGUGUACCUCUUAUAAUUUGUUGAUUUGUGUUUAAAUCAUGGGUCCAGCCAUGAACACAAUGCUUCGUGUAGUUUUCAAUGAUUAGACAGACUUCUGUAAUGGGAAACACCAUGAAUGUUGAAUCAUUUGUUUUAAUAUAAAAUUGCUGUAUACUUUGACUGCUAGUAUUAAAAUAAAGUAUUAAAUCAUAU